CCUCAGUCCCCGCAGCUCAGUCAUGGCCUCGGCGGCUCCGCGCACGGUGCUGAUCACCGGCUGCUCCUCGGGGAUCGGGCUGCGCAUCGCGGUGCAACUGGCGCAGGAUCCGGGCGGGCGUUUCCACGUCAUCGCCACCAUGCGUGACUUGCGCAAGAAGGAGAAGCUGGAGGAAGCGGCGGGAAACACCCUCAACAAGACCCUGUUCAUCCAGCGCCUGGACGUCUGCAGCGAUGAGUCUGUGGCUGAGUGCGUGAACAGUCUUCCUGAGAAACGGGUGGAUGUGCUGGUGAAUAAUGCUGGUGUGGGGCUCGUCGGGCCCGUGGAGUCCAUCUCGAUGGAUGACAUGAAGCGCAUCUUUGAGACCAACUUCUUUGGUGCCAUUCGCAUGAUCAAAGCUGUCCUCCCUGAGAUGAAGCGGUGUCAGAACGGGCACAUCGUGGUGAUCAGCAGCACCAUGGGACUGCAAGGCGUUCCAUUCAAUGAUGUCUACGCUGCCUCCAAGUUUGCCAUCGAAGGAUUCUGCGAGAGUCUAGCAGUGCAGCUCCUCAAAUUCAAUAUAUUCAUCUCCUUGAUAGAGCCUGGCCCGGUGAACACCGAAUUUGAGGCAAAGCUGAUAGAGGAGGUGUCACAUGCGGAAUUCCCUGGAGCAGACCCUGCCACAGUGCAGUACUUCAAGGAGAUCUAUCUACCAGCCUCACAUGAGAUAUUCGCCACCCUGGGCCAAACCCCCGAGUCUGUGGCCAAGGCAGUCGUGACAGUGAUCGGCAAGGAGCGCCCGCCGUUCCGGACCCAGACGAACGCCCUGUAUACCCCCCUGGUGGCACUGAAGUACGCCGACACCUCAGGAGAUCUGUCCGUCGACACCUAUUACAACUUGCUCUUCCGCUUCCCUGCUCUCCUACGCUUCAGCAUGUACUUCCUCAAAUGUAUCACCUGCAAUUGCUUCCGGCGCCAGAUUAACCCUUCAUGAUUCAGCAAACUGCGCCCAAGAGGAAGGCCUCUGGAAAGAAGACGACGACACUGGAUUUAUAUUCCACCCUCCGCUCUGAAUCUCAGAGUAGCUCACAACAGAGUAUCUUCCUCCCCCACAACAAACACCCUGUGAGGUGGGUGGGGCUGAGAGAGCUCCCACAGAAGUUGCCCUUUCAAGGACAGCUCUGCUAGAGCUAUGGCUGACCCAAGGUCUUUCCAGCAGCUACAAGUGGAGGAGUGGGGAAUCAAACCCAGUUUUCCCAGAUAAGAGUCCGCGCACUUAACCACUACACCAAACUGGCUCUCUAAAGACACAAAGACCCUAUAGGAGCAGAGUUGGAAAAGAGGAAAGCUGCGUGCCCUUGGUGGGAAAGUGGGGACAGAAAUGAAGCAAAAUGUUGUCUAGUAUUUACUCAAAUUCAAGACUAGAUCCCCCCCAAUUAUGUCGUAAAAAAGGUGGAGUCAUCUUGCAUUUGCACACAAGUUAUGUUGAAUAAUAAAUAUUUUUGAGCAUA